AUGGUUUUGGAUGACCUUCCAAACUUAGAAGACAUCUAUAAUUCCUUGUGUUCAUCAACAAUGGAAGACUCAGAGAUGGAUUUUGACUCUGGACUAGAAGAUGAUGACACAAAAAGUGAUAGUAUUUUGGAGGAUUCCACAAUUUUUGUGGCCUUCAAAGGAAAUAUAGAUGAUAAAGACUUCAAAUGGAAAUUGGACACAAUAUUGGAGAAUGUGCCCAAUUUGUUAAACAUGGAAUCCAGCAAGCUAAAGGUACAGAAGGUGGAGCCCUGGAACAGUGUGCGUGUGACUUUCAACAUCCCCCGGGAAGCAGCGGAGCGGCUGCGGAUCCUGGCUCAGAGCAACAGCCAGCAGCUUCGGGACCUGGGGAUCCUCUCCGUUCAGAUCGAAGGGGAAGGUGCUAUCAACCUUGCUUUGGCUCAGAACCGUAGCCAAGAUGUGAGAAUGAAUGGACCCAUGGGAGGUGGAAAUUCAUUAAGAAUGGAGCCAGGAUUUCCUAUGGCAGCUGGUCCAGGAUUAAUAAGAAUGACCAACCCAGCCACUGUUAUGAUACCCCAGGGUGGAAACAUGUCAUCUUCCAUGAUGGCACCAGGUCCCAAUUCAGAACUGCAGCCCAGGACUCCUCGCCCUGCUUCACAGUCAGAUGCAAUGGAUCCACUCCUCUCUGGGCUCCAUAUACAGCAGCAAAGUCAUCCCUCAGGAUCUUUAGCGCCCCCACAUCACCCAUUGCAGCCUGUCUCUGUGAACAGACAAAUGAACCCAGCUAAUUUUCCCCAGCUGCAGCAGCAGCAGCAUCAACAGCAGCAGCAUCAACAGCAGCAGCAUCAACAACAGUUGCAGGCAAGACCCCCACAGCAACAUCAGCAGCAACAGCCACAGGGAAUUCGACCCCAGUUUACUGCCCCAACUCAGGUGCCUGUUCCUCCAGGCUGGAACCAGCUGCCUUCCGGAGCCCUUCAGCCUCCUCCAGCUCAGGGUUCUCUGGGCACAAUGACUGCAAACCAAGGGUGGAAGAAGGCUCCCUUGCCUGGUCCAAUGCAACAGCAACUUCAGGCAAGACCAUCCUUAGCCACGGUACAGACACCUUCCCAUCCUCCCCCUCCAUAUCCCUUUGGCAGCCAGCAAGCCUCACAAGCCCAUACAAACUUUCCUCAGAUGAGCAAUCCAGGCCAGUUCACAGCUCCUCAGAUGAAGAGCAUGCAGGGAGGGCACUCCAGGGUUCCAACCCCCCUGCAGCAGCCCCACCUCACCAACAAGUCUCCUGCCUCCUCACCCUCCUCCUUCCAGCAGGGAUCCCCUGCAUCCUCCCCAACGGUUAACCAAACUCAGCAGCAGAUGGGACCAAGGCCACCUCAAAAUAACCCACUUCCCCAGGGAUUUCAACAACCUGUCAGCUCUCCGGGUCGGAAUCCUAUGGUUCAACAGGGAAACGUGCCACCUAACUUCAUGGUGAUGCAGCAGCAACCACCAAAUCAGGGGCCACAAAGUUUACAUCCAGGCCUAGGAGGAAUGCCUAAACGCCUCCCACCUGGCUUCUCAGCAGGACAGGCCAAUCCGAACUUUAUGCAAGGUCAGGUGCCUUCGACCACAACAACCACCCCUGGGAAUUCAGGAGCCCCUCAGCUGCAAGCAAAUCAAAAUGUCCAGCAUGCAGGUGGUCAAGGAGCUGGUCCUCCUCAAAACCAGAUGCAGGUGUCCCACGGGCCACCAAACAUGAUGCAGCCCAGCCUCAUGGGAAUUCAUGGCAACAUGAACAACCAGCAGACUGGUAGUUCUGGGGUUCCUCAAGUGAAUCUGGGCAACAUACAAGGCCAGCCCCAGCAGGGCCCACCAUCUCAGCUGAUGAGCAUGCACCAGCAGAUCGUGCCCUCCCAGGGCCAGAUGGUCCAGCAACAAGGAAGCUUGAACUCUCAGAACCCUAUGAUCCUUUCAAGGACCCCGCUUAUGCCGCAGGGCCAGAUGAUGGUGAACCCUCAGAGCCAAAAUCUUGGGCCCUCGCCCCAAAGGAUGACCCCACCCAAGCAGAUGCUUCCCCAGCAGGGCCCACAAAUGAUGGCGCCACAUAACCAGAUGUUGGGGACUCAGGGGCAAGUUUUGCUCCAGCAGAACCCAAUGAUAGAACAGAUCAUGACCAAUCAGAUGCAGGGGAAUAAGCAACAGUUUAACACUCAGAACCAAUCCAAUGUCAUACCGGGACCAGCACAGAUAAUGAGGGGACCAACUCCAAACAUGCAAGGAAACAUGGUGCAGUUUACGGGACAGAUGUCAGGACAGAUGCUGCCCCAGCAAGGGCCUGUGAACAACAGUCCUUCUCAGGUUAUGGGAAUUCAGGGCCAGGUCUUACGGCCACCGGGGCCCAGCUCACACAUGGCCCAGCAGCAUGGUGAUCCUGCUACUACAGCAAAUAAUGACGUCAGCUUGUCUCAAAUGAUGCCUGAUGUUAACAUGCAACAAACCAAUAUGGUCCCUCCGCAUGUGCAGGCCAUGCAGGGAAACGGUGCCUCGGGAAACCACUUCUCAGGCCACGGGAUGCCUUUCAAUGCGCCGUACAGCGGAGCGCCCAAUGGAAACCAGAUGUCCUGUGGUCAGAACCCAGGCUUUCCGGUCAAUAAGGACGUCACACUAACAAGUCCGUUGUUGGUCAACUUACUGCAGAGUGAUAUCUCUGCAGGCCAUUUUGGGGUAAACAAUAAACAAAACAAUACCAAUGCAAAUAAACCGAAGAAGAAGAAACCCCCUCGGAAGAAGAAAAAUAGUCAGCAAGAUCUAAAUACCCCAGAUACUCGCCCAGCUGGUCUAGAGGAGGCCGAUCAGCAGCCAUUGCCUGGAGAACAAGGAAUUAAUUUGGACAGCUCAGGCCCUAAACUGCCAGAAUUUUCAAACCGACCACCAGGUUAUUCUUCUCAACCAGUUGAACAGAGGCCACUUCAGCAGAUGCCUCCUCAGCUCAUGCAGCAUGUGGCACCCCCACCACAGCCACCACAGCAGCAGCCACAGCCACAACUGCCACCACCACAGCAGCAGCAACCACCACCUCCCAGUCAGCCACAGUCUCAGCAGCAGCAACAGCAACAGCAGCAGCAACAACAAAUGAUGAUGAUGCUCAUGAUGCAGCAGGACCCCAAAUCAGUUAGGCUUCCAGUCUCCCAAAAUGUCCAUCCCCCAAGGGGUCCCCUGAACCCAGAUUCUCAGAGAAUGCCCAUGCAACAGAGUGGCAGUAUGCCUGUCAUGGUCAGUUUGCAAGUGCCACCAUCACCUGAUAAACAAAGAAUGCCAAUGCCUGUGAAUACUUCUUUGGGAAGCAAUUCAAGGAAAAUAGUGUAUCAGGAAAACUCACAGAAUCCUUCCAGCUCACCACUGGGAGAUAUGUCCUCACUUCCUGAAGCAAGUAGCAAUGAAAUACCAUCUGUCUCCGGAGGCCCAAAUAACAUGCCUUCACAUUUAGUGGUUUCCCAGAAUCAGUUAAUGAUGACAGUGCCCAAACCUGGACCAUCACCCCUUCCAGCAACUCAAGGUGCAACUCCCCAGCAACCCCCUAUAAAUUCCCUGCCUAGCUCUCAUGGCCACCACUUUCCAAAUGUGGCUGCUCCAACACAAACAUCUAGGCCUAAAACACCAAACAGAGCCAGCCCCAGGCCUUAUUAUCCUCAGACACCCAACAACCGCCCUCCCAGCACAGAACCUUCAGAAAUCAGUCUAUCGCCAGAAAGACUCAAUGCCUCCAUAGCAGGACUGUUUCCCCCACAGAUUAAUAUUCCUUUACCUCCUAGGCCAAAUUUAAACAGGGGCUUUGAUCAACAGGGCCUAAAUCCAACAACUUUGAAGGCCAUCGGGCAAGCACCUUCAAAUCUUACCAUGAAUAAUCCUUCCAACUUUGCUGCCCCACAGACUCACAAAUUAGAUUCUGUGGUGGUGAAUUCUGGAAAGCAGUCUAAUUCUGGAGCAACAAAACGGGCAAGCCCAAGCAACAGUCGGAGGUCUAGUCCUGGGUCCAGUAGGAAAACCACUCCAAGUCCUGGGAGACAAAAUUCAAAAGCCCCUAAACUCACUCUGGCCUCUCAGACAAAUGCAGCCCUGUUACAGAACGUGGAGUUACCAAGAAAUGUAUUGGUCAGUCCCACUCCUUUGACUAAUCCCCCUGUACCUGGGAGCUUUCCUAACAACAGUGGGCUGAACCCUCAGAAUUCUACCGUGCCUGUGGCUGCCGUGGGGGGCACUCUGGAGGAUGCCAAGGAGAGCUUGAAUAUGCCUCAGGACAGCGAUUGCCAGAAUUCCCAGGGUAGGAAGGAGCAGGUAAAUGUUGAGCUAAAAAUGGUACCUGCCCAAGAAGUUAAAAUGGUUGUCCCUGAAGAUCAAUCCAAAAAAGAUGGGCAACCUUUGGAUCCUAACAAACUUCCCAGCGUCGAAGAGAACAAAACUUUGGUGUCACCUGCUAUGAGGGAAGCACCAACAUCAUUAAGUCAACUUCUUGACAACUCUGGAGCUCCUAAUGUGACCCUUAAACCCCCUGGGCUUACAGAUGUAGAAGUAGCACCUCCAGUAGUUUCCGGUGAGGAUCUGAAAAAAGCAUCUGUCGUCCCCACACUGCAGGAUCCGUCUUCUAAAGAACCCUCAAAUUCCCUAAAUUUACCUCAUAGUAAGGAGCCGUGUUCAACCCUUGUUCAUACAGAAUUGAGUGAGGUCGGUUCUAAUGUUGCACCAAGCAUCCCUCCAGUAAUCUCAAGACAUGUCAGCUCUUCCUCCAUUUCCACUCCUUUGCCCCCAAAUCAGAUAACUGUUUUUGUAACUUCCAAUCCCAUUACAACUUCAGCUAACACAUCAGCAGCUCUGCCAACUCACCUGCAAUCUGCACUAAUGUCAACAGUCGUCACAAUGCCCAAUGUGGGUAGCAAGGUUAUGGUUUCUGAGGGACAGUCAGCUGCUCAGUCUAAUGCCCGGCCUCAGUUCAUUACACCUGUCUUUAUCAAUUCAUCCUCAAUAAUUCAGGUUAUGAAAGGAUCACAGCCAAGCACAAUUCCUGCAGCCCCACUGACAACCAACUCUGGCUUGAUACCUCCCUCCGUUGCAGUUGUUGGCCCUUUACACAUACCUCAGAACAUAAAAUUUUCUUCUGCUCCUGUACCGCCUAAUGCUCCCUCCAGUAGUCCUGCUCCGAGCAUACAUACAGGUCGACCCUUGGUCCUUAACUCACGAGCCACCCCUGUUCAGCUUCCUUCCCCGCCUUGUACAACCUCCCCAUUUGUCCCACCUCAUCCCCCCAUCCAGCAAGUGAAAGAAUUGAAUGCAGAAGAGGCUAGUUCUCAAGUGAACACCUCAGCAGAUCAAAGCACUCUGCCCUCUUCACAGUCAACUACAAUGGUUUCUCCCCUUUUGACCAAUAGUCCAGGCUCCUCUGUCAACCGGCGAAGCCCAGUUUCAUCUAGUAAGGGCAAAGGAAAAGUGGACAAAAUCGGCCAGAUUUUGCUAACCAAGGCAUGUAAGAAAGUUACAGUCUCUCUCGAUAAAGGGGAAGAGCAAUACGGUGCAGAUGGAGAGACUGAAGGCCACGGGGUUGAGACCACAGCUCCAGGGCUUGUGGGAACAGAACAGUUACCCACGGAACUGGACAGUAAAACCCCAACGCCCCCAGCAUCCACUAUGCUAAAAAUGACCUCCAGCCCCAUGGGCUCGGGCUCCACCUCAGCAGGACCCAGCUUACCUGGCAGUACCCUUCCCACCAGUGUACGCUCAAUUGUAACCACUCUUGUACCCUCUGAGCUCAUCUCUGCGGCGCCAGCUACAAAAAACAAUCAUGUUGGCAUAGCAUCUGAGCCACUUGCAGGUGGCCUAGUGGAGGAGAAGGUGGGAUCCCAUCCAGAGCUGCUUCCCAGCAUAGCCCCUUCACAGAAUUUAGUCCCAAAGGAAACUCCAGCCACAGCACUGCAGGGGUCUGUUGCCAGACCAGAACUCGAGGCAAAUGCUGCCGUAGUCUCUGGACAAAGCAGUGAUUCCAAAGACAUAAUUGAAAAGUCCAAAACCCCAAGCCGGAGAAAUUCCCGAACUGAAGAACCAACUGUGGCUUCUGAAAGUGUGGAAAACGGACAUCGGAAGCGAUCCUCUCGGCCUGCUUCAGCUUCCAGCUCUACUAAAGACAUAACCAGUGCGGUGCAAUCCAAGCGAAGAAAAUCCAAGUAA